CCCCGCAGACACACACUCACACACAAACAGCCGCCAGGCAGCGCAGUCACGCGUUUGUGCAGCUCCAGGACCGGCCAGCCAGCAGGACCAGGGCUUUCUGGGACAACAUGGGCGUCCUGCUCCUGCUCACCUCCGCAGCCCUGUGCAGCUACUUCCACUCAGGGAGCGCGGGGAACGCACAGAACUUUUUCGAUAUUGAUUCCGUCGAGCUGUCCAUCGAGCCCGAGAGUGAAGUGCAUCGGAACACCAAUGUCACUUUGAGAUGCAAAGCAACGGUUAACACUGAGGGGUCAGAGGUGCUGACUCGAAAUUACACCAUAUACAAGGACAAUGAGAUGGUCUACUUCAAGACCACCAGCUCUUCAGAGGAUUUCUUGUACCAACUGCCUGAGGUCAGAGUCUCCAACAAUGGCAACUACAAGUGCAAGAUUGACAUCAUGGGCAAGUCUAAAAACAGCAACUUCCAAGCCCUCAAAGUGACAGGAAUAUCAAAACCUGUUCUACACCUAAACAAGACUUACAUGACUGAAGGGGAAGAGAUAUCGGCCUGGUGUACAGCGCCGGGUGAGAAUGGCAAAAUUGUCUUCUACUUCUAUGAUAACGAUAAAAUGAUUGACCAGACGGAUCCGAAGUCUAACACAGCAUGGGUCAAGUUUUACCCUAGCGGUUCUGGGACUCAUAGAAUUCGCUGUACCUACACUAUCUCCGUUACGCCGGGCUCCUUCAAUUCAGAGGAAAGUAACACGGCCAACGUUGAGGUCACAGAGAUUCCCAUCCAUCCAAGUCUGGAGAUCACCCCUAAAAACAACAUUUAUGAAGGAGACCCUCUCAAUAUCACCUGCACAGUCAAAAACGGUCUGCGCAGCUCUGAAAAUACGGAGCUCCUCCUGAUCCAGAAUGACAAAAUACUCAGCAAGGGAACGACAUCUAUCAGCUACAGCGGAAUUGCACAGGCAACGGCCCCGGACCUUAACUUUGUGUGCAAAUUAAAAGUGAGAAAGGUUGUGAAAGCUGAUAAGGACACGGUGUCAGUGACUGAGCUGUUCUCAGUGCCCACUCUAACAAUGUCUCCUACGGAGGUCUUUCAAAAAGAUCCAAUGCAGUUAACCUGCCAAAGUGAACGAGUGGCCUCCGAGAGACUUGACAAAAACGAGUUGAUAUACCGUCUUCUUCCACACGAAAACAUGAUCCACAAAGGGAAUGGAGAAUUUGCUGGAAGUGCCCUGCAAAAUGAGUAUAAUUAUACAUGUAUAGUGGAAGCAAGAGGCAUUGUGAAAGAAAGUAAAACCCUGACCAUACGUCCCAAAGUUUCUGUCUCAAUUCCAAAAAUCUCAGCCUCUGAUUGGUUGAUCUUGGGAAGCCCCUUCACGAUCUACUGUCAGUCGGAGAAUGGCAGCUUGCCCAUUACCUACAGCUUGUGGAGGAAGUUUGAACAAAUCAACCAAACCACAGUCUCCCAGCCCCGACGAGGAGCUGCCUUUCCACUCACCAUUAACAAUGUAGAAGAAAUAAACAGUUAUAGGUGUGAGGCGACUAAUGGAAAGAAGCCUGUGUCUAGUAAAGGUCUCAACGCAACUGUCAUUGUGCCUUUGUCCAAGCCAAGUCUGGAAGUAAUUCCAGUUCCAGCAGACAUCGCUGAGGGACAUGAUCUCUACCUCAUGUGUCGGGUUGAAGGCACACCGCCCAUCACCUUUAAGUGGUACCGCGAUGGUGAUCAGAGGCCACUGAAUGUCACCAUAACCAACAACCAAUUCCAGGUUCACCAGAUCCCUUAUCUGUCCCAACUGCACAGUGGAAACUACAGCUGUGAGGCUGUCAACUAUGCCAACAUCCCAGUCCGAAGUGACCGACUUUACAUCAAUGUUCGUAUGGCGAUGUGGAAGAAAGGUCUGAUCGUGGGAUCGUGUCUGCUGCUGGUCUCAUUACUGCUGAUGAUGGGCUGUGUGCUGUACUACAGAUCCAAGAGAGGCAAAAGAGAAAGACCUGCUGAAUUGUCAGUAAAGCCUUUGAGCCCUAAAUCAGAUGACACAUUAACAGUGACUCUAACUCACGACACAGAGGUUUAUGACACAGCCACAGUGAAGGUGGACAGCACUUCAGUGAGUGUGUGGAGCGAGCGAAAACCUGAACCAGGUGACGAAGAGAGCAGCAUCAUGUCCAAUGAGCCGGAUGUGGCGUACACAGAGGUGGUUCAUCCCCGGUCAGUGGAUCCUACCAGAGUUCCUUUGAGAAAACACACAGACACAGUUUACAGUGAGGUCCAAAACUCUUCACAUGGUGCUCCAGACCACCACGACUAUGGCUCGGCGGAGUAUGCUGAGUUCAGCGCGGAGCAUCCCCAGAGCAGUUGGUUCCCUCCACGAUCCAGCCUGGACUUGGACCUGCCGGAGCCGGUGGAUUAGUGACGCCAUCCGCCGUUAAUCUCCUUGCUUUUGCUUUGCCACUUCCACCGAAUGCUUCGUCGUUUAUUUAUCAGUGGAACAACCGACUGCAGAAUCUUUUGUAAAUAUUGUUAACUUUCAUAAAAGCCUGUCAUUUGUACACACUGGUGCGUGGUGACGUGAUUAAAGGGUGAUUUCAUAAAUCCAGUUAAACUCGAUGCACAGAAAAUAACACGGCAGUCAACCCCAUCGUCAGAUCAGCCACAGAAAAUAAUAACUUUACAAAGUCUGUGGGAAUAUGACUACAGAGACAAAGUGGCACAUGUGUAGAUAUAAGAAAUACCAAAUCAAAGGUUAAAAAGGUGCUUAGAGCAACAUAUAUAUCUGUCUCUGUAAGAAACCACUCGACCAUGAACUCCCACACACCAGACUCCUACCUGAGGACUACGUCUGACUGCACAGACCAGGAACUGGACCAGCAGUCCUCGGACCAGCGUAUGAGCACUCUACCUCCUGAGCACUAGAUCCGUCCUAAUAUACGUUUUCUGAACUCUGUGGGAUUCGGUUUACUCACUUCAUCACUUUUUUUAAUGUUACUGCACAAUUUCUAGGAAGUUAAAAUGAAGUGAAAAUCGAUGCCGCAAGUGUUUUUUCUUUUUGUCUUCUAUCCGUUUGCUUGCUGUGGCAUAAAAUGUCUUGAAAGUGCUUUAACUUCAGAUUCAGUGUUUUUAUUGUGAAGCCGAGCUUCGUGAAGGGUCCAAGGCUGCAUUAGCGUCACAGACGCUGAAAAUCCGGGAUCCACAUCUGAAUCACCUGCAGUCUAGAGAACCUCAGUGCUUGACCAGCAUGUUUGAACUUGUUUGAACAUGUUAAACCUUUGGUCAAAUAUUAAAGCUGUUAUAUAAACUACAA